ACGCCCUCCCACCCGACAAUACAAACAGGAACCGCUCGAAUGUUUGCCAGGAUGCGCGGUGCUGACUGGCUGCCAUUGUGUUUUUUCCUGAUUGGCCCCGUGCUUCGAACGCAGGCGUUUUCCUCCCCAUGCUUGCCAUGUCGGGACCCGACCUUCCCCUCCUCUCCGUCCCUCCCCUCCUUUUCCUCCUUUUGCACCGUCUUUAGCCCUCCUCACGCCUUCGUCCGUCCUACGGCGUCCUCGUCCAUACAACCGUAUCAUCCACGGCACCAACGACCAACUUUGCAGGUUCUUUCCUCUUCCUCCUCCUCCACCCCAAAUCGGCCAUAUGAUGAAGGUUUUUCCCAUGGCUUUGAGGAUGUCCCUCAACGAUUUCUCGAUGAGAUCGAAGAGAUAGCCUGCAGAGACAUGCUUCAAGCCAUGCGGUCAUGGGAUCUUCCCGUUUCUACCUCCAUCUCGCCCACCGGCUACGUCCGCGCCACAGGGGUUGCCCCCCUUCCUUCCUCCCCCUCCUCCACCUCCUCCUCCCACCCUCCCGUCCUCCUUCUCCACGGCUUCGAUUCUUCCUGUCUGGAGUACCGACGCCUCCAUCCCCUCCUCUCUCCCUAUUUGGACGCUUAUGCAGUAGAUAUGAUGGGGUGGGGGUUCAGUCAACUCCGAGGGGUGCAAGAUUUCUCCGCAGAGGCCAAACGCGAAUAUUUGCACGCGUUCUGGGUGCACGUCCUCAAAGAACGCCCGAUGGUCUUGGUGGGUGCCUCCUUGGGAGGUGCGGCCGCCGUGGAUUUUGCCCACACCUACCCGGAAGCCGUUAAAAAACUGGUCUUGAUCGACGCACAGACUGUCCGAGAAGCAGCUCAGCGGUUAGGGAGGGCGCCUCUCUCGUCGUCCUCCUCGUCCUCCUCGUCCUCCUCCUCGUCCUCCUCUUCCUUAGACCUUCGCGGCCACUGA